CUUGGCUGCAAGUGUUCGUUGGGCGAAUAAAUCUCUUCAAUACAAAUCACGACUUGUCAUUUCGAUUAUUUAUAAAUUCAUCCUUUCUAAAAUGGCGUUCGCUCAAUACGACGUACACAAUAAAUACGACUGCGAGAAAGUGGCGGAACCAGAGUUAGUUCAAUCCAAAAGCAAUCUAACAUCGAAACGAAUGCCACCUCAGCCCGAUGAAGAAAAGCAAUCAGCUCAUUCCGUAGACUGGCAAUCAACAAAGAAAAGCGUCUUAGAAAGAAACCGUCAUAUGUUCAACAAUUCAGACAUGAGUGAUAUCAGUUUUACUUGCGAAGGUUCAGGCAAGAAAUUCUACGCUCAUAAAUAUGUCUUGGGCACCAGUAGUGCUGUAUUUCGUGCGAUGUUUUAUGGCGACUUGGCAGAGAAGAAUUCAGUUGUUCAUCUCAGAGAUACGGAUGUGAAAAGUCUAGAGGAAUUCUUAAGAUUCCUCUACACUGAUGAAUGUAAUUUGACAACACACAAUGUUGUAUCAGUCAUGUAUCUUUCUAAGAAAUAUAUAGUGCCUUCACUAACGGAGAAGUGUGUGAAUAACUUGGCAAGUAGUAUAAAAGCCGAGAAUGUGAUGAGCAUUUUGGAACAAGCAACGCAUUUUGACGAGAGAAAAUUAGAGAUGAGUUGUUGGGAAUUUAUAAAAUCAAACACGAAGCAAGCUGUUGCGUCAACAGAUUUCAAUAACAUCAGCCAAAAGACACUGGCGAGUUUACUGAGACGUAACGAGCUGAAUAUCGUUGAAGUCGAAUUAUUUCGAGCUGUGUUAAAAUGGAGUGACUUUCAGUGUUCGACGUCGACGAAGAAUGGAGAUAUUGAGGAAAACGGGGAGACCAGAAGGACUGAUAUUGGUGAGUGUUCGAAGAAAGAUAAUGAGGUAACAAAGGAGAGAAGAAGGACUAGAAGGUCUGUAAUUGGUGAUGCUAUUUAUGAUCUGAGAUUUCUCGCUAUGACUCAAAGAGAGUUUGCUCAAAAUGUUGCAACAUCCGGACUACUCACGGCUGAAGAAAUGAUUCCCAUUUAUAAUAAAUUCAAUGGAAUUGAUUCACGUAAUCUAAAGUGGAAACUAUCAGGGAAACGUUCUUUGUGGCUAUACGAAACAGAUUGCAUUGAUAAGGAAUCAGAGAGUAAGGGAUAUAACUACGGUAACGAAGAGACGACUAAGGCGAGUGACACUAAUAAAUCAAAUGAUAAGGGAUCAGAGAGUAAGGGAUAUAACUACGGUAACGAAGAGACGACUAAGGCGAGUGACACUAAUAAAUCAAAUGAUAAGGAAUCAGAGAGUAAGGGAUAUAACUACGGUAACGAAGAGACGACUAAGGCGAGUGACACUAAUAAAUCAAAUGAUAAGGGAUCAGAGGGUAAGGGAUAUGAAUACGGUAACGAUGAGGCGUGUGACACUUUGAUGUAUAGAUAUGAAAAAGGACGGAAAGGAAAAAGACGGUAGUUGAGAACAGUUUUCGUUAAGCCAAUUCUUUAAUAUUCGGCAUGCUUUUUUAUUAUUUGCGCUUGGCCGCGGAUUGCAGUACGCUUUAUUAUAUAGUUGUAAAUAUUUAUUAUAUAAUAUUUUUGUGUGAUACACGAACACGGCCCUUUGAUAAUAACUAAUUGUGAAAGUCUACCGUGUUUAAAUAUUCUUAUAUAAUAACAAUAAUCAAUUUGACAUUACUCGAACAUUGAAUUGUUAAUAGCUGAUAAAACGUUUCAUUUCAAGAACUUUGUGUAUUCAUAUUUCAUAGAGAUUACCUGUUUAAUUAAGGAUUUAAUGGUUAUGGUAUCGAUUAAAUAAAUUGGGAUUUGAAAUAUGAGGCUCUUUGUUAAACGUCGCGCUUAUCAUGUGCUGAACCUAACAUUAGUUACGUUCAUGAAGUUGAGUUAAAAUACUCAUUAAAAAUUCAUAAACCUUGUGGCAAAUCAUGUCAGCCAUAAUAUGUCACGCGGAGUGACUUUAUAUCUGAUAAAACUCAUCUUGACAUCUUCACUAGCCUAUUCUUUAUGUAAUUCUUCAUCCUAAUUAGUAUGAUUAUAUAAUUGUUCAUCCUAAUUAGUAUUCUUUUGUAGUCGUAUUUUAAGCUAUUCAAAACACUCGAACUCGUGUUUUAUCAUAUCUAAAACGCUCGGCUGCGCCUCGCGUUUUAAAUAUGAUAAAACACUCCUUCUCGUGUUUUAAAUAGCACUUCAAACACUCAUUAAUAAUUCAUAAGCUUAUUGGCAAAUCAUGUCAACCAUAAUAUGUCACGUGCAGUGGCUUUAAACCUGAUAAAACACUCCUAAUUAGUAUUCUUUAUAUAAAGAAUACUAAUAAGGCAGAAUCCAUUGUAGUCGUGUCCUCAUUAGUAUUCUUUAUAUAAAGAAUACUAAUAAGGCGGUAUAUCUAUUGAAUUUGUAGUCGUGUUUAAUAAACUCUCAGGUCGUGUUUUAUUAGGUCUAAAGCCACUAGAGCGCGCGCUCGUGGCUUUAGACCUAAUAAAACACUCCUGCUCCCUUACAAUCUCAUACCCAGAGCAAUACCGCGCCGGCUAGGAUGGCAUUGGGUCUGGGGAAAUUGACAACCGGAACCCCUAAAUUUAGGGGUUCCGGUUCUUUGUCGGCAUGCACGAUUGAUAAACGUUAAACCAAUC